CGUGGGCUGUAUCCUUAUCAAGCUAGCCGUUGGCGUUACAUGCUAACCAGCUACAUAUGUGAUGAAUUUGUAUGUCGGUCUUAACAUCACCUGUACAGCUGUAACAGUGUACAUUUAUUCGUAGUACCACCUCGUGAACAUUUCUAACUGAAAGGACUCUUUCCUGGCUGGUGCAGUGGGAACUAAGGUCUCGUGUUAUGGGAGAGACACGGAGGUCAGACGAGCGGUGGGCUGUCAACAAUAAUGUUCGAGCAAAAGGAGCCUGCUGCCGCUUUGACAGCUGUCUGUUGAUAUUGUAGCACCGAUCGACUUAAAUUUGAAUUAUGCCUGGGAAACUAAAGGCCAAGAUUGUGGCAGGGCGCCACUUGCCUGUGAUGGACCGAGCCAGUGACCUUACUGAUGCUUUUGUUGAGGUAAAGUUUGGAAACACAACAUUCAAAACAGAUGUCUGUCCCAAAUCUCUCAAUCCACAGUGGAACUCAGAAUGGUUCAAAUUUGAGGUUGAUGAUGAGGACUUGCAGGAUGAACCAUUGCAGAUCACAGUGUUGGACCACGACACAUAUAGUGCUAAUGAUGCCAUAGGGAAAGUUUACAUUGACAUUGACCCGCUGCUGUGCAGUGAGGCUGCGUCUGUUAUCUCUGGCUGGUUUCCCAUCUAUGAUACCAUCCACGGUAUCCGAGGGGAGAUCAAUGUCCUCGUCAAAGUGGAGCUCUUCAAUGAUUUGAAUCGCUUCAGACAGUCCUCCUGUGGGGUGAAGUUCUUCUGCACCACAUCCAUUCCACGGUGUUACCGGGCAGCGAUGGUGCACGGGUUUGUGGAGGAACUUGUGGUGAAUGAAGAUCCAGAGUACCAGUGGAUUGACCGUAUUCGAACUCCCAGGGCCUCCAAUGAGGCUCGUCAGAGGCUCAUCUCUCUCAUGUCUGGAGAGCUACAAAGGAAAAUAGGGCUUAAAGUACUGGAGAUGGGUGGGAAUGCCGUGGUGGGGUACUUGCAGUGUUUCGACCUGGAGGGAGAGUCAGGCCUGGUGGUCCGGGCUAUAGGUACCGCCUGUACAUUGGACAAACUCAGCUCUGGAAGCGCCCCCAACACCAACACACAUGUGCACCCUAACACGGCACCUGCUUCCAAUGCCUGCAAUUCCCCUUCUAAGGAUGGAAAGGAGCCGGUAUUUGGUGAGGACCUGCCCUCGUUCUCUGGCCCGCCCACCCCUUUCAGAGCCCUUCCCUCCUCCUCCUCCUCUCCUCCCCCCUUCUCUCCCUCCAAGCCAUGCAGCCGCCAGUCCUCAUCAUCAGACACAGACCUCAGUUUGACGCCCAAGACGGGAAUGGGCAGCGGGGGCAGCGCCGGGAAGGAGGCAGGGCCUCUGAAGACCCUUCUCAGACAACAGACGCAGACAGCUCUGGAACAGAGGGAGUUCCCCUUCUUCACUCUGACGUCUUUCCCACCUGGUUUUCUGGUCCAUGUUGGUGGAGUGGUCAGCGCUCGCUCUGUCAAGCUACUGGACCGCAUACACAACCCUGCCUUGGGUAACACGCGCUCAUACAAACUGCUAGACUGGAAUAGUGUCACUGCAGAUGAGCCAGAGACUCGCGAUGCCUGGUGGGAAGAGAUUCGCCAGGAGAUCAAAUCUCAUGCCAAAGCUCUCGGUUGCCAUGCUGUCGUGGGGUACAGCGAGAGCACGAGCAUCUGUGAGGAGGUGUGUAUCCUGUCAGCAUCAGGCACAGCAGCCAUCCUGAAUCCUCGAUACAUGCGCGAAGGCUGCCUGGAUAUCGGAAGCACCGAUCACAGGUUGUUUGAGGAGCCGUCUCCCCCAAGCUGUGGUUUCUGUCACAUCCCGUAUGAUGAGCUCAACAUGCCGUUUCCCGCCCAGCUCACGUACUGUUACCACUGCAGACGACAAAAGGUUCCUGAUGUGCUAUUCACAACAAUCGAUAUGCCACAAGAAGCAGCUGUCACAGGGAAAGGCUGCCUUAUCCAGGCCAGACUGUGUCGUCUGAAGAAGAAAGCCCAGGGUGAGGUUAAUGCGACGGCCAUCUCCAACCUGCUGCCUUUUAUGGAGUACGAGCUGCACACUCAGCUGAUGAACAAACUGAAGCUGCGGAGCAUGAACGCCCUGUUUGGCCUACACAUACAGAUCAGUGUUGGCGAGAACAUGCUCCUGGGUCUGGCUUCUGCUACAGGAGUGUACCUGACAGCACUACCGGGACCAGGGGGUAUUCAGAUAGCAGGGAAGACUCCCGGCGACCUGAGCAAUGAGCACCACAUCCUCACCAUCCAGAAAAGGAUCAACGACACCAUAGCCAAGAACAAAGAGCUCUAUCAAAUAAACCCUCCGAAAUUAUUUGCCCUGGACCCUGAGGUGUUCGGCGGCAUAAACAUGGAACUGACGGAGGAAGUGGUGGGUUCUCCGAUCCCUGAACCGAGGCAACGAUCCAGACUUUUGCGCUCCCACUCGGAGAGCUCAGAUGAGCUGUCAGAACUGGACCUCUCCCAUGGCAAGAAGGAUGCCUUUGUCCUGGAGAUUGAUGACACUGAUGCUGUGGAGGACAUCCACUCCCUUCUCACUGACGCCUCUCCACCCACAGGUUUCUACAGCUGCAACACUGAGCUCAUGCCUGGGAUUUACAACUGGACUUCAGGAGUGCAGAUGUUUACGUCGGUGAGGGUCUUUAGGUUGAGUAAUGCCAAUCUUACAAACCAAGGCUUGAACAAGAUCUUCACUGACCUAUGUGAGAAUCUGCUGAAGAGUUUUUACUUCAAGUUGCGCUCUAUGAUCCCCUGCUGUCUUUGUCAUCUCAACUUCACUGUAGCAGUGCCAGAAGAAGAACUCAUACAGGUCACAGUAACAGCAGUUGCCAUGACAUUUGACAAGGACCAGACUCAGGAGAAGCCAGCAGACAAGCCUACGACCAAAGGGUGCAGUGAGACUGAAGAGCAGCUGCAGUUUCCCUUGGAGUUGUGUGCAGACUCAUCCAACACUCAGCCAUCAUCCAAAAUCUCAGGUGUCCCAGAGAGUACUAACGUCUCACCCAGAGCUGCCUCCGUUGAUUACGGUUCCUUUGCAGACAGAUGCAGCACCUGGCUAGAGCUGCUUAGGCUGAAAGCUCACACCAUAAGACGAGGAUCAGUUAAGACAAUCUCAUCUUUGGAGCGCUGCAGUCCGCUGCCUGAGGGACGGUCCCGCUCACUGCGCUCCAAUCGCUCGUUCGGGGGGACUUCAGUCACCGUGGUGAAGAUGACGCCGCUCUCCUUCCUCCCCGGGACACGCAUCAUUAAGUACCUUGGGAUAAUCAACAUGUUUUUUAUCAGAGAGACAACAUCAUUGCGGGAGGAAGGUGGUGUUAGUGGCUUCCUGCAUUCAUUCAUAGCAGAGGUGUUCGCGAUGGUUCGAGCGCAUGUAGCAGCCCUGGGUGGUAAUGCAGUAGUGUCCUACAGCAUGAAAGAGUGCGUGUUAAUGGAAAAUCCAAACAAGAACCAGGCACAGUGUCUCAUCAAUGUGAGUGGUGAUGCCGUCAUCUGUGUCAAGGAAACAGACCAGGAGCCCAUGCCCUCAACCACAAACAUUGGACAGACCUGUAGCAGUGGAGCUGAUGGGGCUACAUGACAGUGAAACACAGAGACUCAUUUUGUCUGCAGGGCACACAAUCUGAGUGAACACACUCUCCGAGUCUAGCCGUCCAAGUAUGAGUCAUUUAUGUCUGCCUUAAAACUCUAUAAAAGAUCCAAAGGUGUGGACACAGGUAAUAAAGCAAGUACUCACACAAUCUCAAAAACAUGAAGUGUGUAUUGAGAUAGGAGAGCAGGAUGUUUCUCUUUUUGUUUUUCUAUGUUUAAAGACAGCAUUUGUGCACAAGAUACUGAUGUAGCUCUUUGAGAAUUAGGUAAUCUGAGAGUAUUUCAAAACUUUUUGUUUAAAACAACAGCCACAGGACCCAUCUGCAUCUAAAUUAUGCCUAUGCAUUAUAGCUGUCCAUAUUGGGGUUGCCCACAGCUACAGUAUAUUGGCCAUCCCCUUGUGUUUGGGCAUGAAUGAAACAGGAGGCAGCUAUGACUAAUAUGUCCUUCCACAGAUCACAGGAUUCAUUAAAUGGCUAUGCCAAAAGGGACACAGUUGUAUGAUUACAAUGCAGUCAGAUUCUCCCUCAGUGUUAGGCUUUGUUUCGAGUAACAUGCAGAUUAAAAGACUAUCAGUCCAUUUCAAAGUUGAUGGAUAAAGGCUGUGUCAGACAGGACAAGUAUUUUAAUGUCAACAUGACUUCGUCAAAAUACAAAAUUCAGCCUAGAAUAUAAAUUUUAAAGCUAAAAUCCAAACAACCAAGGUAAACCUGUGAUGCCAUUUUGUUAUAAUCAUGUAAGAAUUAAUUGUUGUCCAGUUUUAAUGUAUAAAUUAGUUUUAUGUCUAAAUUAGAUUUUGUAUUGAUUUUGUUGAUUGAUAAACUUCCUAAUUACUGUCACAGUAUUGCUGAUUUGCAGUAUCUUAUAGAUAAUUAAAUUUCUAGGGAAGUGUCAAAUAAUGAUGCCACAGAUUACAGCCUUGUUUUUAUUUCUGGUAGUUACUCAAGUUACACACAUCUAUAACAAACAGGCAACGAUUACAGGCAUUAUACGCGCAUAUUUUUGUAGAGCGAGAAUUUUCCUUUUACAACAGCCAUUACUAUGUAUUCCAGUAACUAUUUUAUAAAUUAAAACUUUUUUUUAUUGCUUAAUGGCAAAAUGGAAAAAAACGAGUGGGAUAAUGUGUAUGCCUUUUUUUAUUCACUUUCAUGUGGGCUGGGGAUGGUGUAAUGUCUGAUGAGUAUAAAUGGAACAGACAUCCAGUCUUAGUUAUAUACUGUGGCCCUUUGGGGUCUAACGACUAAACUGGGGUCUAAAGUCUUUGAAAUCCUUUUGACUGAAUUACAUCUUUACUGGUAUAUGAUGAGGCACUUAUCGCUUCUCUUGCAGCUCCAGGAUCAGUUCCUCUUCUUGAUGCGUCUUUUUGUCAGUGUCAAAUGUCACAUCCCUUUGCCAAGCCUCAUCAUUGUUGCUUUGGCAUUCAUGUUCCAAAUAAUAGUCCUGCUACUGAUCUGUCCAUCUCCGACAUUGAUGUCCAAUGCUGGAAAAGAAAGCAUCUUCUGGUGUAGGUGCCACCUGAAAAUAAACUGUGUAAAUGUUCUCUAAAAUCAGAUUUUAGUAUUUUUGUAACAUAAAAUUUAUGAAACCUACUGCUCAUUUUGCUUGUGCAAUGAAUUCCUGAUGUUUUGACUCACUGUGUCAGAGAAUAAUAGGUACUCUAAUCUGUUUGUGUGAUCAGCAGUUUGUGAUCAGUUUCUUAUAUUUGUGUCUGAAACUUGAAUGUACAUACUUAGAUGCUUUUGCUUUCUGACUAGCAGCAUGCAGACCCACUUUUUAUUGCCAUGAAUCUGUAUGCUCGCCUGGUAAGUCUUGCACAAUAAACUCAGUCAAACCAA